UGCACCCCGACACGGCGAUACCAGCAGCGCGCGAGAGCCGACUCUCGGUGCGAUUCCCACGGGCCUAACAGACCGACCAACGGCUGACGUUCGCCCGUGGACUUGUGAUGUGGCCCCUCAGUGCGGCGGUUAAAAGCACAAUAAAGGCACCAGUUGCGGAACAUGGCCGCGCGAUGACGCUUGAAUCUAUACUUGAAUCUCUAGCAGGAUUUUUACGAGACUCGCUCGACUUCCGUCUCGAAACCACCGUGCAGGUUCUACAUGGCUUGCAGCGAGUUUCCUUGGCAUGGUGGUUACUAGAAAUGAGGAUAUAGAGAAUGUCAUUAAUGUGUGUCUCAAUAGCAGCGAGUUUACCGGGAUGCAGAUGGUAGCGCCCUCUGGUCGUGUUGCCGCUAGCGCCAGCAGGUGAAGCACGACUGGGGAGCGCAGCUUGCCUUCUGAACAUCACAACUGCGCGUGCUUCAGCUACUUGAUCCUCCGGAUGAGCGCCGCCGCGGCAGACGCUACGGGGACUCGUCACGCUUCACCAUGGAGGCUACCAGUGGACAAGAUGCAUUAUUCAGGGACGCCUGGCUUGCACCAAGGCCGAUCGCAGACGGAUCCUACCUGGGAACGCUAACCGGUGGCGCUGACGCUAACAAGACUGGCAGUCACGUGGCCAGCAGUAGCGGAACUGGGAGCAGAACCACGCUAUCGCUCGUUGUUGCUGAGCAGCCGGAAUGCUCAGUUGCGACCUCAUCUCUGGCGGUCGAGCCAUACCCGUGCGCGACGGGUUCCAGAACUCCCACGCCUUCAGUGGCGGGGCUUGGCGCAGGCGAUCGAUCUCGGCCACUGACCAAGCCUCCGUACUCGUACGUUGCUCUCAUAGACAUGGUCCUAAAGGAAGCACCGGACGGAAAGCUUACGCUGAGCGAUAUCUACAAAGCCAUCAUGGCCCGGUUUCCAUAUUUCAAGAAGGAACAACGCGGAUGGCAGAACUCUAUUCGUCACAACCUGAGCCUGAACGAAUGCUUCGUUAAGGUGGCUCGCGAGGACACGUCGGAAGCCAAAGGCAAUUAUUGGUGCCUGCACCCUGCGUACAAGGACAUGUUCAAGGACGGCAACUACCACCGGCGCCGGCGCAUGAACCGGUGCCCGAGGCCCGCCGCCCUGCUCGCCGGGGUGCCGCCGCCGGUGGCCGCCAGGGGGCCCCACCAGCUGCCGGGCGCUUUUGCGCCCGUGCGGCCUUCGCAGCCCGACGCGUUCCUCGGCUACCGCGGGCAUCCCCACCACCAGCACGACCUGGGCGUCGCGCAGUCGCAGCUGAGCGCAGAGUACUUUUUCGAGGCCGCACAGAGGGCGACUGGCCUGUGGACUGAGCAGGGGGCCUCCAGUGCCGGCGAACGACAUUACUGAGUAGUUGCAGGACUCGUGGCCACAAAUGACUCAACUACUUUCGCAUAUUAGUAAAAUACCCUCACGUCUCGUACACAGCGGCGUGAGUCGAGGAUCCAAUGGUCCGCCUAUGUACCCUUAUCCCGACCUUAGCCAAUAUUUUGGUCAUGUCUGCUGUGGUGAUUGAUAUUGAGAAUAGCCGUAAAAUAAACUAAAACUCAAACUUC